UGCCGAGCCUGCGGGCGGCGCCGAGGCCGAGGAGCGCUCGCUGCAGCACAUGCUGCGCGCCAUAGCCGAGGAGCGCGGCCGCGUCAGCCUGCGCCGCGAGGUCUGCGGCCUCGGGUGCUUCAAGGAUGAUCGCAUCGUCUUCUGGACUUGGAUGUUCUCCACCUACUUCAUGGAGAAAUGGGCCCCCCGGCAAGAUGACAUGCUCUUCUAUGUGCGUCGGAAGCUGGCCUAUGGGGGCAGCAGUGAGAGCAGCACCGAUGGGAGGAAGCAAGCUGAGGCUGAGCCUGAGGUGGAAGUGGAGGUGUACCGGCGGGACUCCAAGAAGCUGCCAGGCUUGGGAGACCCUGACAUCGACUGGGAGGAGAGCGUCUGCCUGAAUCUCAUCCUGCAGAAGCUGGACUAUGUGGUGACCUGUGCGGUGUGCACGCGUGCUGAUGGGGGGGACAUUCACAUCCAUAAGAAGAAAUCCCAGCAAGUGUUUGCUUCCCCCAGUAAGCACCCCAUGGAUAGCAAAGGGGAAGAGUCCAAGAUCAGUUACCCCAACAUCUUCUUCAUGAUUGACAGCUUCGAGGAGGUGUUUAGUGACAUGACUGUGGGGGAAGGAGAGAUGGUCUGUGUGGAGCUGGUGGCCAGUGACAAAUCCAACACGUUCCAAGGAGUCAUCUUUCAGGGCUCCAUCCGCUACGAGGCCCUCAAGAAGGUGUACGACAACCGGGUGAGCGUGGCUGCCCGCAUGGCACAGAAGAUGUCAUUUGGCUUCUACAAGUACAACAACAUGGAGUUUGUGCGCAUGAAGGGACCACAGGGCAAAGGUCAUGCUGAGAUGGCAGUCAGCCGUGUGUCUACUGGCGACACAUCCCCCUAUGGGACCGAAGAGGACUCCAGCCCUGCUUCGCCCAUGCAUGAGCGGGUGACCUCCUUCAGCACACCCCCCACUCCGGAGCGGAACAACCGGCCCGCCUUCUUCUCCCCGUCCCUCAAAAGGAAGGUGCCCCGGAACCGGAUCGCUGAGAUGAAGAAGUCUCAUUCAGCCAAUGACAGCGAGGAAUUCUUCCGGGAGGACGAUGGUGGAGCCGAUCUGCACAAUGCAACCAAUCUGCGGUCUCGGUCCCUGUCUGGCACCGGACGGUCCCUGGUGGGUUCCUGGCUGAAGCUGAACAGAGCAGAUGGAAACUUCCUUCUCUAUGCACACUUAACCUAUGUCACUUUGCCACUGCAUCGGAUUCUAACAGACAUCCUGGAAGUACGGCAGAAGCCCAUCCUGAUGACCUAGCUGUGUGCGGAGCCCUGGCCCUGCCCGGCCCUGGGAGUGCUGCCAAGUGCCUACCUGUCCACCGCCACCGGGGUCUUCUGUGACAAGCCAGCGCCAGAGCUGGAGCCAGGCGGGGCCACUCGAUUCCCAGGGCCAGGGCCGACUCCACGAACACCAGCCCAAACUGAAGUGCCUCUUCCUCCCCUGCUGGCUCUGCUCCCACCCUGUGCCCACCCGCCCAUCGCCCCCCAGCCCAUUUCUGGAGAUCCCUCUGCUCCCAAAGAGGAACAGAGAUGCCAAGAGGCCAUGAGAGAGUUCAGGGGGUAGCCAGUGUCCAGAAUGUGUCCAGACCUACUGACAUGGUGUUCACAUCCCAACAAACACCAGUGGAGACCACCCAGCCGGGAGCACUCAGUGUGUCAAACUGUCAACGCUUUCUUAAGGAAAACCAGUUCAAGAUUUUAUAAUGCUGCGCCAGUGAACUUCAGCAUCCAAGUUAGUCCCGACUCGUCCACCCCUAGUUUACCCCUUUGUUACAAUAGGUUACCAUGGGGAGAUGGGGAGACAAGAUGUUUGGUGGCUUUGCCCUGGGCUGAGAAUACCUCACCCCACGCCCAGUUCCAGAAAGGCCUUGAGCUGAGCAGACAGGUCCCGAACCUGCCAGAAUGGCCUUUUGCUUCCAGCCAAAGAACAUCGCCAACAUAUACACCUCCAACCUGGGGACAUCCCACUCGGCCUUGGCCAGAGUGACCUGCAGAAUUUGGAUUCUGAGGGUAGGUGGGAGGGCUUGGUGGCCUGGCAGAAGAAUGGAUUUCUGCCAAAGGGCGUCCGAUGUUGGUGGGGUUAGCAUCCUCCCAGGAAGGUUCUAGGUAGAAACCCCAUCUUCUGGGGGCUUGGGGAGGGGAGGGGAUGUUGUUUCAUCUUCCUUGGUUUCCUAGAGGUUAUUUCCUUAGACCGGUGUGCUGGUCCCAUUUCUCCAGACCAGCUCACUGAGGCCAAGAGCAAUUGGCUCAGAUGGCUUGUGCAGCCAGGCUAGUCAGCGAAUGUGCAUGGCCGCCCAGCCCCGGCCUGCCUGCGGCCUCUCCGAGCUGCGAUGACACACUGCACUGUCCUCAAGAGCAGAGGCGUCCCCCACCCAACUGGGAAUCAACUGGAAGCUGGGUCUCUUUGUUGCUGUAUUGUGUGUGAAGUCCCCAGGAAUAUUUGAGGGGUUCUGAUGAUGUGUUUAGAGAUCUUCUUUGUGGGGAGAAAAGGAAGAGGAGGGGUUCGUUCUCCUGUCUGUUUUUAUUCUGCAGGCUCCGGGAACAGGGGACUACUUUGGGGCUUUCUCCAGAUUUUGUAUGUUAUUAAAAGCGAGCUAUUGCAUUUCAUUCUGCCUCAAUUUGCCCACCUGUAAAAUGGGGCCGAUACCACCUACCUCACUGCAGUCUCCAGAGUUCAAGCACAUGACUGGGCCAGGGCGCGAUCACCAGUCAUGCAUAGCUUGGGUCAGGCGUCAGGCUGUUGGGAUGCUCACCCCCUACCCUCUUUGUAAUAACCCAGGCCAAGGUGACGUGCAGGGGGGUGGAACAUUCUCAUGUUCUCUAACUGUCCAGCUCAGGCUUGAACUGCCUCUCAGUGCUACACGAUUUCAUGUUCCAAACUAGUGUCUGCUGGGGGUAGCAUAAUCAGGUCACAGCCCAGAGUGUUGGAGCACAGCCUCAGGGAGCUGUGAGCGUGCCCCACUAUUCCGGGACACUGUCUUGAAUGUUCUCUAGGGGUGCCAGAUGCUGCUCCCAAGUUUAUGUCCAAGGUGGCUAAAAUACACCCGUUUUUUUAGGAACUUCUCCCUUGUCAUUCUGGGGUCUGAAGACUCUGGAACUGGGAUCUGGGGAGAAAGACAGGCCUGAUGUAUUUUCUGUGGUGCAGUGGCUUGCCCUCUGUUCUCUGAGGGGAGCAGCACGAGAAGGUUCCCUCCCCUGGAGCCAGAACUCGGCCCCACUCUGAGGCUCGGCCAGCAUUCCUGAAUGGGCCUGGGCAAGCUGUACUCCUCUUCUGCAAGAUGGUGAAUCUAAGUCUGCCUGCCUCGCAGGGUGACUGUGAGGACUGAUGGCACUAAUGCUUGAAAGCACUUUGCAGAUCAUGGAAAUGUGUGCAAAUGGCGGUAUUUUAGAGACACACCCCAAUUUGUAAAGCACGUGAACAGAUGCACACAGUGGUCUGUUCUACCCCUAACAGAGGUGGCACCGUCAUGUGCAGGCACUGUUGUAAGCACUUAGGUACCAUCGGUAUUCUCAUCUUACAGAGGAGGAAACAACCAAAGAGGCUAAGUGGACUGCCCAGAACUGAACAGCAAGUAGUAGUGAGGGCAGGAGCAGACCCAGGCCUCUGGCCCAGUCUGCACUCUCACCACACUGUGCUGCCACCUGGGACAGAUGGAUAGACAUUCGGUGGUCUACCUUGCUCAGUCUUUCAGUCCUCUCCAAAGUGUUCAGUAUUUCUGAUACUGAAUUUAAAACAUGCUCAGAGGCACUUGAUAACUGGGCACUAAGCUGUUACUCUGAGGUUUUUUUCAAAGUAAUGAAUGACAUCAGAAACAAAGUAAUAGAGUGACAAAUGACAGGGCUGGAAACAGCGCCCUGCCUCCAGUGUCCUGGUAUUGAUACAUAUUUAUUUCUUGUAAGGCCAUCUUAAAUCUUUCUGGAACCAUGCCUGUCUCUUGUAUGAUGCAGGGGUGACCAAAGCAUGCACACCUCUCCUAAAUGGGAGUUGGAAUUAAAGUAAAAUUUUCCUGAGGAAAACUAGGUGUCACAUCUUCGGACAUAAAGAAUGUUGUGGGUUUUUUUCUUUCUUUUAAAGAAACGUCAUCCUAAAUUCUGAUAGGUGAUACAUCGUCUCCAUUUACACCUUUUCUUUCAGCACACAAACGUCCAGGCAAGUUCAUCUCACGUACUGUUGUCUGGAACUUGUGGUUGCCUACAAAAACAGCCAAGUCUCAUUAUUUCAAAAUAAGAAUAUUAUUUAAAACACAAGUAACAGAGAAGUAGUCAAAAGAGAGUAAAAAGCAGCAAAAUAUUCUGUAGUCCAGUCAGCUUGGAGGUGGGAGGGUUUUCCGAUGAGUCACAUUGUGGUUAACAUUUAGGCUUUUUAAGGACUGAGCAAAUCGUCAGAAAUUGGCGAGGUUUCUGUGUCUGUGCAGUGAUGACAGUAAGGACACACGGGCAUGUUCCUGAUGUCCCUCCUUCCCGCCAAAGAAUCUAGCCAGAAUCAGACCAGAAUCUGUUUUUGCUGUUUUAAUCCCAAAUAGUUAGUAGAAGACUUUUGAAGAAUGAGAGGAAAACUUUUUUUCCCACUAAGAGACAUUACAAGGAGCCCCUGUGCAGCUGGUCUAUUCAUUCUAACAACUGACUUUUGAAAAAUAUGUAUAUUUGACAGUGUUUUAAUAUGGUGGGUUUAAAUUGUUGGCCAAAACUCUUUAAAGGCUUAUAUAUUAAAAAUCUCUCAACUUUUUAAUGAACUUAAAAUGUUUCACUGUGAUAUAUAUUCUCUCUUCAUUUUUCCAAUUUAGCUGGAAUUUGGUUUCAUAUCUGGUUUCAAAAACCAAGUAUAUUUUGACAUUACAUUGAUUCUUCCUGUUCAGGCUUUCUUGUCUUUAUAUCAGAAAGCAGAAUUAGUUCUCUCUUAAAAAUAACCACCCUGGUCAUAAGCCAAAGACUGUAAAGGGAUAUAAAAACGCAGUGCCCUUGAAAUUGAAUGGAAGUAGCCAUUGGAGGCGUCAGCAACUGCCCUUCAAGGGAGAGCUGCUCUUUGGCUAAGUGGCCAGAAUGCCACCCUAUCCCUCUUGCUGAUGACCUCUGGAAGUUAGGUGAUGGCUACCUGCUGGAUCUUCUCUCUUUUCCUUUCAACUGACUGACUUGACACAGACAUGGUCCUCAGCGGAAAUAGGAAUCCUCCAGCCCUUUCUCUGAGCAUCUGGAACAAAUAGCCCCUGGAGCAUUCCUUGGAACACCACACACCGGAGCCGCGUGGCUUGGGGCUUGGGUUCAGAGUUCAGCAGGUGGAGCCUCGGAAAUGGAGGAAGCCACGAUGUGUGAUGAGUUGGAUGAGUUUGCGAGUCUGCAUUUCCAGUUUUCUGCUAUUCCUAAGGCAAUUAGGCAUUUUUAUUGUUACAACUCCACUCCUUGAGCUCAGUAGAUCAAAAAGAACAGUGAUCCUCCAACUCUCCUGAGCAGCUCGAAGAAUUCUGUCUUCUUCUUUUGUCCUUUGUAAAUAGCAAUCUUUUAUGGUUUCCAAACAAAUUCUAUGUAUGAGAGUAAUUAAAUCUGCAAAGAAAACCUGUUGAGAUUUUUCACUACUUUGAGGCUUAACUUGUGAUUUCUGCAAAAUAUAUUUUAGCAAAUAUAUUUUAACCCACGAUGGCAUACAUUGAAUAUAUUAGUAGGCUAAUUGUCCGAGAUAUUUCCAUAAACAUCAUCAACAGCAUUUUUGAUUAACCAUCUUCCACACCCAGUAGAAGUUAUUUCUAGGCAAUGUUUGUGGUUGGCUGUUUGCUUCGCUUUAUGAUUUCAUGUUUCUUUUGAAAGGUGAUUUGCAUGUGAGAGAUUAAAUUUAUUUUUCUUCUGUGUUCUCUAAUAAAUCUGUACCUAUUUCUUUUUUUCUGUAACAGGCAUUUCAGGUUAAAUACUGUAAAGAUGUUACAGCUAAGUGAUAACUUAGUGAUUGAAUCUCAAUUUGCCCCCAAGAUUCCUUAAACAUUUUUUGGAGCUCUCAGACAAACUACUUUUUUGAAAUGGAAUGUGUAACUAACAGAAGCCACCCUGUGCUCUGGCUUUGGCAGUCAUUAGCCAAUGAGGAGUCUGAUAGGGGUUCAGCGGGCUGGUGACUGCUGUUUGGCCAGAUUUCAUAUUUGCAAAGUUAAAUCCUAUUUAGCUCUUGGCCCCCAUAAAGUAGCAUAUAUCCCUUCAGUUGUACUGUAAGAUUUCCCACGCUUAUUCUAGAGAACCACUUAGGAAAACCCCACAGAAGUGGAAAAAUGACUGGAAUAAAAGCCAGGAGUCCAAGUUCAAGUUUUGGCAAGCUCCCAAUAAGCCACCUGGUCUGGAAGAUAGGUUUUUGGACCAGGUGGUCUGUUAUCUUGCAACUCUAUGAUGAAGUAGUAUGUUACAGCUGCUUACAUCUGCUUUCUGCCUGAUCCUUCCAGAGUGCAAGUUCAUUGUAGGUGGAAGCAGCCUGAGAGUUACCUUUCACACAACAGGUCUUUUCUUUCUAUGGUUGGAUGUAUUUGUUAUGGCACAAAGUGAUGGGCAUAAGGAAGGCCUACGACACUGUAGAAUGUUGCAGUAUAGAAAAUGAGGGACAGAGAAAAGGGGGUCUGAGAGGAACACAUAUACAUUAUGUAUACAGCGAUUCAGUAUGGGACUUAACACCAAUGACACCACUUGUAAACAGUCACUGCCUUAGAAACACUAGACCAGGAGAAUUUUCAGACCCAGCUUCUCCAAGAGCAGACUGUGCAAGAUAGUGGUUUAGCAGGUAAAAAAAAAAGAUUUCCUUGCCAUCUAGAUCAAACCGCCUUCUUUUAACAGUCACCUGAAAGAUGUUGGGAAUAGUCUCUACCUUGGAAGCUACCUGCAAUAACCUCAUUCCUUUCAAUGGCCUACUCUUGAAGGUUAAUGUUGCUGUUUCGGAUCUUUUAUCCCGUCUUAGAUGGACUUUUAGGAACUUCUGUCAUGCCCUAGCUUAGAAAAAAAUGCUGACUGGGAAGAAAAACCUUUGGGAAUCUUAUACCAGGAGGAGAGGGAAAAGUAAAAUAACAAUCCAUACAGUAACAUAGUUCAUUGUAUAUAUACAUGUUGACUGUGGAAAUGCUGUACUUUGUGCUUGAUUGUUAAAAUGACAAGAACAGCUGGAAAAUGUACAUGAGGAAGGAUGGGAAAAUACCUGUUUCUGGGGAUGAUAAAAGAAAGGAUCUUGUGUCUCUUUGUUUACAGCUUCAUUGAAUUGCCACCUGACAGCCUCUACAUAAGCCAACAGGUUAACAAGAUAUUUCUUUCCUACAUGUGAACUAAGGGUCUUCAUCUUGGAAUCUUACUUUAAUAAAGCAACUAGGUUGCUCAGUUUUAAAUAACCAC